AUUCCUUCAAAUGUAAAAAAAUAUUUUGAAGUUUUUUGUACAUAAGUUCGAUUAUUCCCUAUUACAUGCAGGCAUUUCCAAGAAGUCUCAUAACUUUGGCAUUAGGUGGCCAACAAACAUGUUAGAGGAGGUCGAAAUACAAUGUUUUCCUUCUCAAGAUAUUCAGGGAGGGACAAGAAAAGUUCAAAUAACCCAAAUUAAGGAGUGCAAUAAAGAGACCCUUCGGAAAACCUUGCGGGACCUAUUCAUGGAAAUGCUAGUCGAACGUUCCGGUGAAGAUGGUCGAAACAGAACGCGCUGUAAGGAUUGAGUGAGAGGUUAGGGCCUGACCAGAUGAAAUUGCAUUGUUUUUCGUUUUCUUAAAAAAGGGCUGGCUAGAUAUGAGAAGGAAAUUAAUAUUUGAUUAUUAAUUUUCUAAGAUUACAAUAAACAAUACUGGCUACCUUUCCAAUAAAAUGGUUAAAAAGCAGAAAUACAAGCAAAAGUGAAUUAAAAGAAAAAAAACAUUCACUGCAAUAUAUUUACUAGUUAGUAAGUUGAAUAUUUACAUUCAACUUAAUAAACUCCCAGUAAACAGUUUAUACAUCAAAUGAACUUCUUAAUUUCCUCUCCGCAAGACAGCGAUCGAGUAAUUGUAUGGUAUUUAAUAAAGACACAAAGUGCCCGCGCUAAGGAGCAAUAAUAACUUGUUGUUUAAAUCAUGCUGUCACUCCAAGAAAGCCCAAUAGGGAGCAAUCUCAGCCAUGGCGACCGAAAAAUACAUGUACGCACACUUACAAAUACUCGUGUCCUUAAAAUAACGUAUUAAGGAGCGCCGAGUAUGACAUAAAUAGUGGUGGUGUGGAAGUCAGUUGACUAUAUAAAAAUGAGGUUGUGAGGGAUGUAAAAGCGGCGGCAGGGCGCCGGCGCCGCGGCUCUCGCCUCGCUUCGCACAGUUCGCAGUCAGACGCGGCGGCGCCGGCAGUGUCGCGCUCACGCCCCUCCCGGCCGCACGGUCCCGAUCGCACACGACACGGACGCAACUCAUGAACGACACGUUACGUAUUAGUGUCAUGUGAUGUUACAGUGAUCCUCUUGCCACACUACCCAGUGUCCGCGACGCCUUGCUGAACCUAACGGCAGCAUCAGCAUGAGUGACAGACAGCAAUGUGACUGAAACGGCGCCGACUAGAGUGCUUGUGCAAGUGCUAACUUACAAGAUGUUUAGUUCGUAUCCAAUGAACAACUUAAGUGCUCGUGUGACUCAAGAUAAUAUGUGUCGUAUGUGUAAACUUCAACAUUAUUUAAUGUUUAAUCCAGCAUAAACUCAUAAGGAUCACGGAAUACUGUCAGACAUGGCGGUAUUUUUCAAACAGUGUUUAUUUUUAACGGUUAUAUUUACAAAUCAAGUUACAAAUUUGGCAUCAGUGUGCCUCGACAUAUGUACUGCCUGUAACGUCAGUACACCGGCAUGUCAACAAUGCUCAUAUAACAUCACACUGAAAGAAAACCCAUAUACACACCGCCAGUUAUCUGUGUGCUGUAAUGAAGAUGUAAAGCUAGCGGCGUGGCCUCAAGAGUACGUUAAUAAAACUAUUGUCGAAGUUACCGCUCGCUACAACCCUACGUGUAACGCAAGUAUCGUUUAUUUUGACUUACCUUUAUUAGACACGUUUUCACUUCACAUUCGGAACAACAGUUUUGUUCAAAUUAAGAUCAACAUCAAAGAGCAAAACUUGAGGGAAAUUGAUUUAUCGUCUAAUAACUUGCAAUACGUUACCAAGGGAGUUUUUAAUAACUUCCUGAAUCUCCGGAAACUUAUUUUAAGCAAAAAUAAAAUUGUUAAUAUAUUCGAGGAAAGUUUUAAUGGUUUAUCUAAAUUGGAAACUCUAGAUCUGUCAGAAAACAAUCUAACCAUUUUGGCCAAUGUGUUUACUCCGCUUAAAAACCUACAACAUUUGAAUUUGAGCAGAAACAAUCUUGAAUUCAUCCACGAAAACUAUUUUAAUAACUGGCUACUACAACACUUAGAUGUGUCACAUAACAACUUAAGGAAAUUAGCUCCAGGCGCUCUACAAUUGUUACCAAAUUUGGCGCGAUUGUUAUUGACGGAUAAUCCCCAUCUAGGGAUCACACAAUUGGAUACACAAUUAUUGGUUGGCACUGGACGCCGACUGCAACAAAUAGAUGCGUCAAGAACCGGCUUGCACCAAGUUCCCGAAGCAUUCACACAUUCCGUUAGAUUUCUAUCGCUCGUUGGAAAUAGAAUAUCAGCCGUCAGAUGCGGGGAUUUUGACAGUUAUCCCCUACUACAGUCGCUGGAUUUCUCCGAUAAUAAAGUGGCUUCUGUCGAAGACGAUUCCUUAGGCAGAUUAGAAAUGUUACUAUUCCUCAACAUAAAUAAAAACUUUCUUACAGCAGUGCCAAAGUCACUUCCAGAUGAAUUGAAAUAUUUAUCAAUCAAUAACAAUUUAAUAAAAAAUCUAUCUAUGACUGAUUUUAAAAACCUGCCUAAUUUACGUAUACUGUUGUUACAAAAUAACAACAUAGAAUACAUUCAAAACCACGUAUUUGAUGACUUACUGUCUCUAGAGAUGUUGGAUUUGUCAAACAAUCCCAUACAAUCAUUGUCUUGGAGCACGUUUGACGGGCCGCUAUCGCUUCGAGAUUUGAGACUUUGUUACUUAAACUUAUCGGUGCCAGAGCGAGAUGGCUCGUUUCCAAUGUCGACGCCGGAAACUGUGCAGAUGUUACACCUACAGUCGAGUCCCGGACUGGCGAGACAAUUGCUAGCUGAUGCAGCGGCAUUAGCCGCCUUCUCACACUUACAAUACUUAGAUCUCAGAAUGAACAAUCUAACAGAAAUCAGAAACGAUUUAUUAUUUUACUUGGCGCAACUUAAGACGCUGAGAUUGCAUGGUAAUCAAAUAAACUGUAGUGCAGAGUUAUGGCUCAAGGAUUGGUUGAAUUACAAUAAAAGUUUAUCUAGCAGCGAAACAUGUUAUUAUUCUACUUCAGACGCCAAAAUAGAAAUAAGUAAAUACAACUGUACAUUUCCAGAAACAUUUACUAUAAGUGACAGUCUUCCGCCAGUUAAUUUAUACAGCACAGAAAUGAUAAAUAAGUUACUAAGGUAUUAUGGGUACUUAAAUAAUAAAACUGAAAAAACGUUUAAACACGGAAAUAGUAAAAAUAAGUUUGACUACAAAAGGAUACUUUUCAAUAAAACGUUAACCAAUACCACAUCUAAAGGAGCCAAUUUAUCUGAGAUCUUUAAAGAAAGUAAAGCGAACGACAGAAAUGAGAACAAAAUUUCUAUGUAUAACGACUACAUGAACGAAACAGCUGUUGUGAAAGCAAGAGAAUCCACUAAAAUUUUAGAUCAAAACAAACUACAAAAUGAACAAUUGAAUAUCGAUCACAGAUUUCUAGAUAUAGAACCAUACUUCUCGGUUUCAACUCGUAAUUAUGAGAAAGAUCUCAAAAGCGGUGAAGUUUAUAGAAAAAAUAAAUCAAGAUCCGGCAAGCGUUUGAAUACGCCGCUGAAUAUAACAAAGAAACCUGAAAAUCUGGUUACAGACAAAACCUACGCUUUCCCGACAAAAAGUUCGGGUAAGUUGGAAAACGGAACUGUUGAAGAUCCAAAAUACAGAAUUGAAUAUUCGCCGUAUCAGUCUGCUGAUAAGAGUUACGUGGAAUACGUGGGCGCUUUAGCAGUGUCAGGGUUAAUUAUGAUGUCUUUGAUACUGUGGGUUAGUUUUCGUCUGAGGUACAGAAGAAGAAAUGUGCCAGUCGUGAACACAGAAGCCGAGGACCAAAUAGAGGUGUCGAAUAUAUCCGGAGGGGUAUUGUGGUGACACCUGCGGGCAGCCGACCCGACGCCCUUCGAAUACGAUUCUCUUCUCACUUAGACUGAUGCAAUUUCGAAGUGGUCGGCUGCACACGGGGUGGACGGCGUUAUGUGAUAUAAUAAUUGGACGUACAUAUUUUUUUAUGAAAUAAGUACAAAUAGAUUGGUUAACUAGGCAGUGGGCAAUGACUUUUUGUCUACGAUGUAAAUAAACUGUUCUGUUGACCAUAGGCUUAAACCUAUUUUUAUGUAAAGUUGCAGUAGAUUUGUAAAUUUAAUUUAGAUACCUGACCUAGCUGAUCUUGUCUACUAUGCCGUACUUAAGGCUUUUUGUGGUUAGGCUACGACAUUAUUGUAUAUACUGCGAUUGUAAUGUUAAGUCACCAUAUCGAAAGGUGAUGUAUGCGAUAUGUGAUGUACGAGUAGAAUGAGUGGUUAUGGAUAUGUAGCCGAUAAUGUAAUGCGCAAAUAUCGUCAAAAAGCAGAUCAUGUCUUCCCUAUAAACCUUGUAAUUAUUACAUAAUUAUCGCGUAACGAGCUCUACUUAAGUGCCAAAAUAUUAUUUUUCAUUCUAUAAAUUUAGUAUUGUAACUUGUUAAUAUAAAUACAUUUAGAAUGACAUUACAAACACUAAAAAUAAAUGCAUAUUUACAUCUUGGAAUAAGAAUCUUGUAUGCCUUAAAUAUGUUUGAUUCUAUCUUCUGAAUUCAAUACAAACUCUUCUGACUUAGGAAUGGAGAAAUACUCAUCCAAGUUUCAUUUUAAAUUGAGUCAUUAUUUAUUACUGCGUAUAUUAAUUUGUAUUAUACAAUUGAUUGGAUUAUAUGUUUCAUUCGUUUUGCACAGAACAUUAAUACCGGUUCAUUGAUUUAGCUUAUUUAACAGUUAAUUGAGUUAAUAAACUACUUAAAAAUAUUGUAAAUGAUUAAAAAAUGAAUUGUAAAUAACACUGAGGAAAUUAAUAGGCAUCGUUUGUUUUGUUGUUUAGUAGAUGAUGUUCUUGUUCAGUGUUACUCAAUAAUUAUUACUCAUUCAUCACUCUGGAACCUAAGGUUGUAUCUUGUUAUAUAAAACUUUUGAGGAAAAUGAUGUGUAGAUAUAUGUUUUUACGUGAAUCGUAGUUUGUGACGUACAAACGGAUAUCCAAAGAUUUAAUAAAUAAUAGAUUGAGA